AUGUCUGAGGAGGAUCGUAUCGCCCAUCGUACCUGUCCUCAUUGCAAGAAGGUGUUGUCCUGUCUGGCGGGUCUGCGUCAUCACAUGAGGAUCCACACUGGGGAGAAACCAUACAAGUGUGGGCUCUGUGGUAAAACGCUUCUCUCAGAGUGUAAUACUCAUACGCACAUCAAGUCCUGUUACAAACAGAAGCUGAACAAGGGUUUACUGCCUGAGCAUUUGGUUGAUAAAGCUGAACCCGAAAUCUACGCAAUACUUACACUAGAAGAGGCAGGCGCUAAGGAUUCCAACUUUCUCUAUGAAGUUUCACUCAACAGGCACAUACUGGCCAUUCAUGGAGAGAACCGACAUGGACGCAAGAGCAAGGAGGAGGUUGCAAGGAAUGGGAAGAGAAAAUUGAAUUUGAAUGAUGAAACUAGCGCGGGAUACCACACACGGGGGGAGAAAAAACCAUUUAAAUGUGUCAUGUGUGACAAGACGUUCUCCUACAAGGCGAGCCUGAAGAAUCACUUUGAGAAGCACAAGGCGGAGAUGUACCAAUGCAAUGUGUGCGAGGAGCUUUACACUACCGAGACCGAGCUCGCUGAACAUUCUGUCAGUCACUCAUGGGAGGACUGUCCUGACCUGGAUGUGUUAUAG